CCCGCCCGCAAUGCUCACUAUUUCCAGCUAGUUACUUCAGGUUCCCCGCCUUACCCGACUCCGCGCCACGUGGCUUUUUUCCUUUGCGGAGUUCCCGCGAAUGCAUCUUUCCGCGUGCCGCGUUCUCCUCCCGAGGCGUUAGAAGCGCCGAGCGGUCUAUCCCGAUCCCGUCUCGCCCCCCCAACUGUGAUACCAGUCCCAUAUCACAGCAGCCUGCUGAGCAGGAAGGAGUCGCAGCAGCGGCAGCAGGAGCAAGCAGGCCGGCGUUUCCUCGUGCGCUUGAGAGACAAAAGAUCCAUCGUCGGUUCUCUCACCCACUCGUGCAAUAGCUGCUGCAGCAGUAACGGUAACGGUAGCGGCAACGGGAGCGGUGUAGGAGUCAUGGCUUCGGCUUCGCCGCAAGGCGAGGCGAGCAGCGAGACGGUUCGGCUGUUCAGCGCGUGGUUCUGCCCGUUCGCGCAGCGCGCGUGGAUCGCGCUGGAGGCCAAGGGCGUGAAAUACGAGUACAUUGAGGUGGACCCAUAUGCCAAGCCAGCGGAGCUCAUGGCAGUGAACCCCCGUGGCCUGGUGCCUGCUCUGCUGCACGUGCCACAGCAGGGUGAGCAGAAGCGGUGCCUGUACGAGUCGAGCGUGAUUAUGGAGUACAUUAACGAGGCCUUCCCGCCUUCUGCUAUACUCUCUUCUUCUAGCGAUGCUGCUGCUGCUGCUGCUGCUGCUGCUGCUGCUGCUGCUGCUGGUGCUGAUGUAGGUGCGAGCGGGGGCAUGCAUCUGAUGCCGGAGGGCGCGUACGAGAGGGCGCAAGUGCGCUUGUGGAUGGACUUUGUCAAUCGCAAGAUCAUCCCCACCUUCUACCGCUACCUCCAGAAGCAGGACCAGGAGGAGCAGGAGGCAGAGCGGGCGGCGUUGGUCGGCUGCUAUGAGCAGCUGGGGGCGGCCAUGGCAGAGAUCAGUCCGGAGGGGCCCUUCUUCCUUGGGCAACGCUUCUCCCUCAUGGACAUCUCCCUUGCACCCUGGGUGCUGCGCCACGACAUCCUACACUUCUACCGCAACUUCUCCCUCCCCUCGCCCGACGACUCUUCUCCUUCCCUCCGCCGUUUCCACCAAUGGGAGGCUGCUGUGGCUGCUCACCCAAGCGUGCGCGCCACCCUGGCGGACCGUGAUAGGCUACGGGAGAUUUACAAGCGGUAUGCGGAUAACACGGCGACCUCAGAGGUAGCAGUGGCUAUCAAUAAAGGCACUGCACUGCCAUGAUAGGUUACACAAGAAAAGAACGACCUACCAGUUAAUUCAGAAUUUGUGUGCCCAUCAACAGCAUGGGCACGAUCUUGCCGAACGCUAGCAGUAGGUGUCCUUGUCAACUUAUAUAUAUUUAUGUAUAGUUGUAGGCUUGGUAGGUUAGAUGUGCUACAUUACUGGAUUCUACUGUAGAGGGAACAACCCCUCUUGUAUCUCUUCCUCUUCUAGUCCAACUCUCUU